CGGCCCCCAUACUUUACUUUCCCCUAUAAACUGCGCGCAGUGUCUUCAGGAAAGGGGUCUCACUUCAAAGACUAAUCAUUGCGUUCUUUGUUUUGUGUUGCUUUUCUAGACCUUCCUUGACUUGGAUGUUCACUCUUUGACCGACUAAUCAAUCCCACAUACUCCAACUGAGCUACAAUCAUGCAGCUCUCGCAGUCUCUCUUUUUGUUUGCGUUUUUCGCUUACAGCGUUGUUGCCUUGCCGACCUCGGAUCGCAUUCAGCACAAGGGCAGAUCUUACAAGGUCAGUCGUGUUCGUCGUGGAGAUGGAGAAUUGCAUGGACCGUCGGCAUUGCGGAAGGCAUACCGGAAGUUUGGCAUUGUUCCCACCAACCUCAACAUCGAGCUGGAAGAUUUCGAGCCUGUCACCACUGUGAAACACAAUGUCGCCGCUGCCAACGAUAACAAUGCCGAACCAGAUCAGGUUGGCGCUGUCAGCGCAACCUCGGUGGAAAGUGAUGCGGAGUUUGUUUCGCCGGUCGAGAUCGGUGGCCAGAAGAUCGUCGUCACCUUCGACACGGGCUCAGCGGACUUCUGGGUCCUGGACACUCGUCUCAACAAAACCCUCGAUGGCCAUACCCAGUACAAUCCCGCCAAUUCGACCACCUUCAAGGAAAUGCAAGGCGCCACUUUCAACGUCUCCUACGGCGAUAACUCGUAUGCUGCCGGUCCCGUCGGAAUUGACACGGUCAACAUCGGUGGCGCCCUCGUUAAGAACCAAGCCAUCGGUAUCCCAACGGAGGUCUCCCAGUCUUUCAUCGAAGACAACAACUCAAACGGCCUGGUGGGACUGGGUUUCUCCUCCAUCAACAGCAUCGAGCCCCAGGCGCAAAACACCUUCCUUGCCAAUGCUGCGCCUAACCUGGACGAGCCGGUCUUCACUGCUGCCCUCAAGAGCGAUGGCGUGGGCGAGUACGGGUUUGGUCUGAUCGACUCGACUAAGUACCAGGGUACCAUGGCCAACGUCAGUGUGGACAGCUCGAGCGGAUACUGGCAAUUUGACACUCCUGAAUUCGCUGUGGGCAAUGGUACGAUGGGGCCGAUUAACUCCACCAAGACGGCGAUUGCUGAUACCGGCACUUCCCUCAUGCUGAUGGACCAGCAAGUUGUGGACGCUUACUAUGCCGAAGUGCCCAGCGCUGUGUAUGUGAGCAGUGCUGGUGGUUACAUCUUUCCCUGCAACACUUCGCUUCCCAGCUUCUCAAUUGCAUUGGGAGCGGAGCACCUGGCCACGGUCCCUGGAAACUUGAUUAAGUUCUCUAAGGUUGGCACCAACACCACAACUGGACAAGCCCUUUGCUUUGGUGGUAUCCAAUCGAAUUCUGGCGCCACGCUCCAAAUUCUGGGCGACGUCUUCCUGAAGGCCUUCUAUGUUGUCUUCGACAUGCGUGGGCCCUCCCUGGGCGUCGCUGCACCCAAGUGAUCUUUGGAUGUGCACAA